AUGGAAGGCGAGACUGUGAAGAACAAAGAACACCCGCUCGCCGGCGUGGUUCUUUGCUUCACAUCUAUCCUUCCUGAGCAGAGGUCGAAGCUCGCCGAAAUUGCUGGACAAAUGGGAGCUGUUCACAAAUAUGACUUGACCUCAGACGUGACCCAUCUAUUAGUCGGCGAAACAAAUACCGAGAAAUACAAAUUCGUGGCCCGUGAGCGCAGUGAUGUGUUGGUCUUGAUGCCAGAGUGGAUUGAGGCUGUCAGACAGUCAUGGAUGGACGGAGGAGAUACCGAUUUGCAAGCCCUGGAGCAGAAAUACAGAUUACCUACGUUUCACGGGCUGUCGAUUUGCGUUACGGGGUUUGAAGACCCUUCGUAUCGUACCUAUCUACAGGAGACAACCAUAGCAAAUGGCGCCGAGUUUCGUAAAGACCUGACCAAGACCGUCACGCAUCUCAUUGCUCAACAAGCCAGCGGCGCAAAGUAUAAGUUUGCAACGCAAUGGUCAAUCAAAGUUGUCAGUGCGAAAUGGUUUAGCGACAGCUUGGAACGAGGGAUGAUUCUAGAUGAGACUCGCUAUGAUCCUCUACUUCCGCCUCAGGAACAGGGCGUCGGAGCCUGGAACCGUGGCCAAGUCCAGGCGCCUGUCAAGAGAAAGACAACGACCGAAUCUUCCAACACUCGAUCACGUAAAUUACGCAGAGUAGCGAGUAGCAAGCUCGGCGAUCAAAAUGAGGGGAUUUGGGGUGAUAUCAUAGGCGGCGGAUUCAAUUCUUCUGAAAAAGUCAAUUCUGCCUCGCUUGACAAAGUUUCUUCAGUUGAUUCACAGACGAAAGAGGCCUCGAUUCCCCAACAAACCAAGACGUUACACAACCAGCUGCUUGCGGACCUACCGGGCCCAGAUGACCCUGAUGAACAUGCAGCUUCUGAACAAGAAGGAUUUUUACAGGGUUGCUACUUCUACAUCCAUGGGUUCUCGAGCAAACAGGUCGACGUUCUUCGACAUCAUCUUGGCGUGAAUGGAGCAAACGUUGUACAGCAUCUCAACGACUUUUCAAGUUCGAAUAUACCUAAAAAUGGUAACAGUUUAUACAUAAUCUCAUCGUAUAAAACACCACGAUCCGAUGUUCCUUCCACAGAUGACAACGGCUUUAGCUGCGAACUAGUCACUGACAUGUGGCUGGAACGUUGCUUGGACGCAAACACCUUUGUUUCACCCGAGACUCAUGUUACGAGUACUCCGUUUCCACAUAUGCCACUAAAAGGUUUCGAAGGACUGAAAAUCUGUUCCACGGGGUUUUCCGGGAUUGAUCUCCUACAUAUAUCCAAGAUGGUAGCCGUGAUGGGUGCCAAGUAUGAGGAGUACCUCACACCCAAUGUUUCAGUUCUCAUAAGUAACGACCUACAAACUGCGAACACUGAGAAGAUCAGACACGCACUAGAAUGGGGGAUUCCUGUUGUGUCUGCUGACUGGCUUUGGAUCUCUGUACAGUUGGGAAAGAGAAAAGCAUUUGAACCGUACAUGCUUCACAAAUCCAGUCCUCAACAAAAGGAGGCAAAGCAUGAGCAGUCAAAAAGUAUACAGAAUAGCUCCGACAUCACCCAUAAAUUAACCUCAUUGCGGUCAGAAGCACAUGCUGAUUCUCACUUUCGACAAGCCUCCUUUCCCGCCUCGGAAACAAAUGGAGAUGAAGCAAAUCAAUCAACGAAACCAUCUGUCAGUAACAGACAGAAGGAUUCUGUGUCGGUUGUUUCUCAACCACCUACAGAGGGAAGUGAAAACAAGGUCACCCAAAGCGCUGGGAAAGCUGCCUCGGAGGACAGUAGCAAUUCUCUCCACUCUAAAUCGUCUGAGGACAUAGAAUCUUCAAUGGAUAGAUUCCUCAAGAAGGCACGGGAACUCACACGUGCAAGGAGUAUUGUGGGAGUAGAAAAUGGAACCCGACGGCGCAGACCGAAUUUAGGGAGGUCAAACUCCGCAUCAUCUAGAAAUGGGUUUAAAAGAACAGACUCUCGAGUUAGUGUCAGUUCUAUUGAUACCAUGAAUGAAGACGGAUAUGGUAGUGCCGUGAGCGCCGAUACCGAUGCGAAUCAUUCCCUCACGGCCAAACUAUCUCGAAAUUUCACUGGCCAGAGUCUGUCUUCUCUCUUAAGCAGCAGUAAGUUCACGAGAUAUAUCGAUUCUCCGCUCCUCGAGAAUGAUGAACGGCUGGACGAUGAGAGUGGCACACCUGCGAUGACUCAACUCAACUACGAAGACCCUAACGCAACAGCCGCACGAGAGGAGAUUAUGAGACUUGCUCGCAGAGGCAAUGUCGAUGAAGCUCAUGUUACUGAAAUAUUGAAGCAAAAAGAAGCCGUCCAACCACAGGCGGUAAUAGAUGAAUUCCCUCAAAUUGUUGACAAACAAGGAGGGCGUAUGACGGCUAGACGGACGCGAAGAUCUGCUGGCAAGCAACAGGAUGAUGACUUCUUAUGA